AUGGAUGAUACUGAUCCGUAUUUUUGUAUGCAAGAUGAAGUUUUCAAAAAUUUGCAGCUUGCCAAAACUCUUUACGAAGAUUGGAGAGGCGGAUCAAAUCCUGGUGAUCAGAAAUUAUUGACUAAAAUCCGUCAAACAAUCAAGAAUAUAGAAUGGGAUUUGAUGGAUCUUCAGGAAACUAUUGGAGCAGUGGAAAAUAAUCCUAUAAAAUUUCGUCUAUCCGAUAAUGAUAUAUCAGCAAGACGUCAAUUUUUAACAGAAGCAAAAAAUGUAGUAAAGAAUGUGAAAAAUUGUUUAAACUCAUCAGAUAAUGGCAGCAAAAGAAACGAUUCGCCUAUUGAUUUCACAGUCCAUAUCGCACCGCGUCCAUCAUCAUCACCACCCUCAUCGGUGUUAUGUAAUGGAGAUUUGAAAGUGAAUGAUCAAACAACAAAUAAAACACAAUCUAGUAAACGAAUAAAUUCUCAUAUAAAAAAGUCAUCACCAUCAUCAAACAUCUAUUCUAUACAUUAUGAUCCGUUAACAGAACAGAAACAAUUAUUAUAUGAACAAGACAAUCGAUUGGAUCAAUUAGGUACAACCAUAUCGAAUUUAAAAGGAAUGUCGCAGCGUAUCGGUGAUGAAUUAGGUGAUCAAGUUGUUCUGUUAGAUGAUUUCAAUAAUGAAAUGAUUAUCUUCAGUCUUGUCCCAUGUAUGUAGUCAAUCGCUCAUCGUGUGUAUCGUAACUACCACGUAUCUUUCGACUAUCUCAAAGGUGAUCUACGCUAAAGCUAUGACCUGUAUUUAAUCCACUGCUUAAACAACUUACGAUACAUCAAGGCUUUUCGGCUAGUUAUUCACUUUUAUUAUUAAUAAUGGUAUUAUUCAAUAUUGUAUAUUGAGUACAAUAUGGAAAUCUGUUUAGUAGUCAAAUAAAUCUACUAUCCUUUUCCUAUCUUUUCUAAAGCAGUCUCAUAAUUUUCGCAAAGCAAAGACUAUGCUUUUAUAAUUAUCAUUUAUGAUUGUCGAAAUAUAUCGAUAACUAGAACAAAAAAUUCAAUGUUUGACUUUCACAAUUUAUGAAUAUAUAUAGACUACUAUUAAUAAAGUAGUAGACAAAAGAUGAAUGAGAAAUGUUUAUUACACAAAAGAGUUUGAUUUUAUUUGAAUAUUGUUAGUUAGUUAACUUGGAAAGACUUUGGAAUAGUUAAAAAUUACUUGAGCAUGGGGGCAAGAACAAGAGUUUCGUGUCUACAAUGAGAG